AUGCUUGCUAAAUGAGCUGAGUCUGCACAGUGCAUUAUUGUAAGAUGUGUUCCGACUCGGGUUUACAUUAGAAAAUGUCAGUAAAAUAACCGUUUAGAAGAUGCAUUAUUUAUGUAUAUUAAAGGUCUGAAUAAAACUCGAUAACUCAUGGAAGGCCAGCGUAAUUCCCAGGAAAAGCAACAGAAGCCUUUAAACCACAGGAGAUCAGGAACAUGAUGUACUCAUGAACCAAACAGCAAACACGACUACAAACUCCAUCUUACUGGCUUAAUGCUGUAGAAACACUCAUCCAUUAUGCUGAGUCGCCUUCAGGAGCUCAAGAAGGAAGAGGAGACUCUUCUGAAAAUAAAAGUCAUGCUGCAAGAUCAGCUCAACAGACUUAAGUUUGAGGAAGGGACCCUGAGGUCAAUGAUAAAUGCCCAGUCUGAAGAAAGCCCAAAUGAAGCCCCUGCCCCUGAGGUGGAAGUCAACCUAGAUGAUGAGACUGAGAUCAACCAGACCAAACUAGUAUUAGGCGCUCAAACAGACUAUGACAUGGAAGAAGAAGAGGAGGAGGAAGAGGAUGAUGACGAGGAUGAUGCAGAUGACGACCUCGAUAUGGUGCUAGAAGAUGAGGAAGAUGAAGAUGACUACUGACUGUGCCUGCAAAGACGGCGUUAUCAUUUACUCCUGUGUUUAGGUGUGUAGUUUGCACAUUUGGCAUGCUGAAAGAGACUACAUCAGUCUCUCUGUCUUAGAUUGGUGUUGCUUUAGAUAAACUGUUGGUUCACCCAUCUAUAAAAUCCUCCAAAAGUAUGUGUAGCACAAAUACAACUCCUCCUAUUACUGUGCUGUUGGCCAAGCCUGCACUGUAUGUAUUUUUUUAAAUACAUACAUUAAAGAUUGCACCAAUUCUAUUUCAUGGAGUUCACCGAGUGAUGCUGUACUAAAUAGGCUUUAUUUAAUAUUGUAUUGUAUUGCUUUCAGAUUGAAUGCAUUAUGAUUAUGAAGCUGAUGAUAAGUAUUAUGUAUGUACAUGUUCCUGUUGUGAGGUAUUCGCAGAGGUACUUUUUCUAUUUGGAGUGAGUGUGUGGACUAGGCUGUGUGUGCGCAUGGGCAUGAGAAUUGUUCUAGCUGAGCCAGUAUUCUAACUUUUUUGUACUUCAUGUGCAGCAUUGUUAAUAUACAGAGAGUUCCUAUGUUUUCUUAAAGAAAAACAUCUUUUCUGCAGAUUUUAAAGAAGGUGCUCAGCGUAAUUGCAUUUUAAAACACUUCAACUUAGCACUGUUUCUUUAACAGAGCGAUGCAGGUUGUUUGGUUAGGUGUUUUGGUGUUGCCUUGAUGUAAGUGUAUGAUGU